UCGGUAUGGAGGUAGCCAUUCGUGUCCGUAAUUAUGGAUCUAAAUAGACGAAACACUGAUAGUCAUAUACCUGAACUGUCAUCAAAAAGAUAUUUGUAAUACACGAAAAGCCCCCAACUUUGCUUUCACCGAGGCUUUUAUUUUGAAGCAUGUCAGCAGGAUGUCGGUUGUUUAUGACAACACCCCAUCUCUGAACGGGACCCUCAGAGCGGACUACCCACCAUGUCGGUUGAGGAGGAGAGGGGGGUAGUUCGUGUCAAAGUCAAGAAGUGCGAAGGGGUGCUACCCGUGGAGUUCCGCUCCUUUGCUGUUGAUCCGCAAAUAACCUCAUUGGAGGUGUUGCAACAUAUCCUGAUUAGAGCCUUCGAGCUGAAUGGGAAACGCAACUUUGGGAUUAGCUACUUGUCUCGUGACCGUGCAGGUGUGGAGGUCUACGUGUCCCUGCUGUCUGACUGGGAUUUAGAUGCUGCGUUUGUCAGUGCAGCAAAGCCUUACCUUCAGCUCAAGAUGGACAUCAAACCAUCAGAGGACAGUCCUGUUUUGGAGGAUUGGGACAUAAUCAGCCCCAAGGAUGUGAUUGGAUCAGACCAGAUGCAGGGAGAGAAGAGGUCACUGGCAUCUGCUGCCCUUCCUUUCACACAGUCGCUCCUUUCUCAGGUGGGUCGUACUCUGUCGCGUGUGCAGCAGGCCUUGAGUUGGUCCUAUGGAGAGGAAGUGAAACCAUUCAAGCCUCCCUUAAGUGAUGCUGAAUUUCACAAUUACCUAAACAGCCAAGGUCAACUGAGUCGACCAGAAGAACUCAGACUUCGUAUUUAUCAUGGUGGAGUUGAGUCAUCCCUACGCAAGGUUGUUUGGCGGUACCUUCUUAAUGUGUACCCGGAUGGUCUCACAGGGCAGGAGAGAAUGGACUAUAUGAAGCGAAAAACGAGAGAGUAUGACCAGCUGAAGAGCGAAUGGACGGCACGAGUCAGUUCAGAGGAAUUGGAGUUUAUUCGGGGAAAUGUUCUGAAAGACGUUCUUCGAACAGAUCGAGCACAUCCCUACUACGCGGGCUCAGAGGACAGCCCACAUCUCACCGCCUUGACAGACCUUCUCACCACUUUUGCUAUUACACACCCACAGGUGUCUUAUUGCCAAGGCAUGAGCGACAUUGCCUCGCCAAUCCUUGCUGUUAUGGACAAUGAAGCUCAUGCCUUUAUCUGCUUCUGUGGCAUUAUGAAACGCCUUGAAGGCAACUUCCGCCCUGACGGACAACUUAUGUCCAUUAAGUUCCAACAUCUAAAGCUGCUUCUGCAGUAUUCAGACCCUGAGUUUUACUCCUACCUAGUCUCAAAAGGUGCUGAUGAUCUGUUUUUCUGUUACCGCUGGCUUCUUUUGGAGCUGAAGCGUGAAUUCGCUUUUGAUGAUGCCCUGCGAAUGCUGGAGGUUACCUGGAGCUCCUUGCCACCUGAUCCUCCUGAGACAGAGGUAGAGCUUCUAGGGCCAGCGCUUGAUGCUGAUCAAUCUGAUGGUUCACGCAAUGUGGACAUGGAGGAGAUGGAAGAGAAGCAGACCGAAAGGCAGAGAAGACGUCAUAUGCUAAGGCCGUCCCGAGAAGAGGCAGAUGGUGAACGUAACCUGGUUAUGGAAGAGGAGAGGGGACCUCGGAAGGAAGGCGAAGGAGAGUAUGAUGUUGAAAACAUGGUCAGGAAUGACAUUCCUGCUCAGCCUCCUUCAUUUGAGAAGCAGGGGAGUUUUGGAGAAUUCAAGUAUUAUAAUGGCCGUACUGAGGACAGCUUUGAGGUGAAUGAAAAUGACUCCUCUGAUCCCACAUUAUCUCCAGUACAAUUUCAGUCUGCACACUCCACGCUGCCAUUCUCAGUCCGUCAGUCAACAGAGGAAAGUGAGGACGACCCAGGAGAGCAGGAACCUCUUAUGAGUAAUCUUACACCAUCAUCUCCUGGACAGAGAGACUCCCCUAAUGGUCAGGCAGCUUCCCCUCUGUCAACUCUUCCUUCCGGUCUACCAAACUGGAAAAGUAGCUCCAAUCAGUCAUCUAAUUCUGCAUCCAGUUGGAGAACAGCAUCUCCUGAUGCCUUGUCAAAAUGCACAUCCUCUUCUUCUAGUGGAGAAAAAGCCUUGUCUCCUGAUAAACCUUCUGGGGGGUUUGCAUCUUCACAACCUGUAUUAAAUGGAACUGGGGCUCAGUCCCCAUCAGUGGUUCCAGGGAAAUCAUUACUGGCAUCUCCAUCACAAGGUUACAACCGUUCGCUUCUCUCAUCACCGGUUUUACCCUUCGGGAAGUCCCCGUCUUUGCCCAAGGCAUUCUCCAGCAAUCUCCCCUCACCCUGCAGACCUACUGGGUCUGGAGUAAGCUCUCCAAACACAAACAAGCCAGAAGGAGGUGGAAUUAAGCCCUGCUCACUCCCCCCUCCCCAAGAAUUUGGAAAAGGGAAUCCAUUCAUGCUUUUCCUUUGCCUCUCUAUCCUUCUGGAACACCGUGACCACAUUAUUAAAAACAGCCUGGAUUACAAUGAGCUGGCCAUGCACUUUGACCGAUUGGUCCGUCGCCACAACCUCGGGCGCAUUCUGCAGCGAGCCAAAGCCCUCUUUGCAGACUACCUUCAGAGUGAGGUAUGGGACUCAGAGGAAGGAGACGAAGUCAGCUUGGACUCCCCAACCACAGCAGCAACAUCCCCCCAAACGCCCAGCACUAGGCCCCCUUUCCUCAAUGUACAGCCCUCUCAGGGUGCCUUCCCGAACUCAACCUAUAAUCUGACAAACACCAUUCCCUCACCAACAACACCCAUUGCCAUCUCGCCCUCUGCUUCCUGAUUCUGAGAUGUAGUAGAUCUUUCCUAGAAACCAGCUGCGGACCCAGAAUCAAGUUUUACUGUACCUUGCCGAGUCACAAGAUACCUUUGUGCUUUACACACGCUUUAUUGAACCUGAUUUGCUUUAACAACCAAAGCUUAGUGACUUAGCUUACUUUCUCAUUUUGUCUUUUUCCUUGUCCAAUUUUUCAAGUCAAGCCCUUUCAUUGUACUGUAUCAUUUUUUAAUUGCACUUUAUUAUCCUUUGAAAGGGCAGGCCAGUUAGUGUCUCAUUUCAUUAUGUAAAUAACACGUUCGAAAGGCACAUUGUGGACACGUAAAACCUGUUAUAGUAGCCUCACUUACCAGAGACAGAGCAACAAGAUUGUUUUUUUUUUUCUUUGUGUGCAAUAUUUACUAUAGAUGAAAAGGGUCUCUUCGACUUCUUCAGAGGUUAUCGUGAUUUGUUGUAAAGAGAAUGUUUACUCAAGCUUUUGAGAUGAUACCCUCAGAAAUUAAUUCCUAAGUUUGUUUUACAUUGCCAGCAGCAACAGUGUGUAUGGUAUGCUGAUAUUGUCAGUUGUGCUUUAUACAAACCCUAAGCCUUGACUUUUUAUUUGUACAAGACAUUUCACUAGACAUGAAGGUGCUGAUGCAUUAUCCAGUAUCCCAUCAAUGUGAAACCUUCCGUUGUAGAAAAUGUAACAUUCAACCCUAAUCAUAAUUUGGUCUCUGAAAUACUAGUAGAACUCUCCUCCUCUACGGUGUACAGCAGCUAUUUGACCCAAGUAGUGAAACUCCUAUUAAGAUCCAAAUGGAGGAUGGCUGGUUAUUGGGUGUUUCUUAUCCUCACCAUUGUUGCGGAAAUGCCUCGUUUCACUAAAUUAGCCAUUUUUGUGUAAAUAUAAUUUAAUUGCCUUCAUCCAUCUUUGUCUGUUGCCAUAACAACUUUGUCUUUAAAAGGCAACAAUCAAUGAUCCCAGCUGUUAUAAACAAAAAGCAUAAGUAUUACAAAAGUGUUUAAUGCCUUUAGCAGAAUGCUUUUCAUUGGAGAUCUUUUAGACUCGGUCUUUAUGUCUUAAUACCAAGUGUUCUUUUUUUUCUCCCUUUUCUAAGUGCUAAAAUUAUAAACCUGCAAAUGGACUAAAAAAGGCCUUUCCUGGAAAGAGGUUAUGAUUUCUGUUCGGCGUUGUGUAUAGGAUAUGGAUGUUGAUUUUGGUUUGGUUCUGUAUGAUAGUAUUUUACUCAUACCCUAUGGAGAGACUUGCUAGACAGAAUGCUUGCAAUACUCCUAUUUGUAUAAUAAAUUUACUGAAUAUUCA